AUGCUCAAGAGCGAUGAGCACGUCUUGAGCCGGCGCUGCCUGGAUCGAAUCGACGAGGACAUCCAGCGCCUUGAUUCCAGCAGCGACAGGGGGGUGUGCGCCUGGAUCGUCAAGCGCUGCGGCAACGCCAGGGCGAUCGAGCAGGGUCGCCGGAUUCACGCCCACAUCACCUCUUCCUCGUCCCUGACCUCCACGCAUUCCUCCAGCGACACAUUCCUUCUCAAUCUCCUGGUGGAGAUGUAUGGCAAGUGCUCCAGCCUCGAGGAAGCGCGCCUGGUCUUCGAUGGGAUCGCGCAUCGCAACGUCUUUAGCUGGACGAUCAUGCUCGCAGCAUAUGCCCAGAACGGGCAUCUGGCGCAAGCGAUCCAUCUCCUGCGAAGAAUGGAUCACGAGGGCGUCAAGCCGAGUGGAUCCACUUUCGUCGCCAUCGCCGCGGCUGGCACCGCGGAUCUCCCCCUCCUCCGCUCGAUCCACGCCAGGGCCAGCGCCACCGGCGCCCGCGAUCUCGUCCUCGACAACGUGAUGCUCGAUUCCUUCGCGCGAUUGGGCGCGCUGGAGCUGGCGCGAUCCAUCUUCGACGCCAUGGAGGAGAAGACCCUCGUCUCCUGGAACGCGAUGAUCGGCGCUUACGCCCGGCUCGGGCGCGAGGAUCUAGUGCUAUUCCUCUUUCGCGCGAUGGAUCUGGAUGGCGUCCCGCACAACAGGAUCACAUUUCUCAACGCGAUCGCCGGCAUCCAGUCGAUCGAUCGCGGCAAAUUCGUCCAGGAGCGCGCCGCCGCGGCUGGAUUCGAGGGCGAUAUUGCCGUACGGAACGCGCUGGUUAGCCUGUACGGGCGGUGCCGGAGCGCGGCCAUGGCGCGUCGUGUGUUUGAUGCCAUGGAACGAAGAACGAGGGUGACGUGGACGGCUAUGAUCUCGGCAUAUGCCCAGAAUGGGCAUAGCAAGGAGGCAUUGGAGCUCUUCUUUGAGGCUAUCGAAUCGUCGUCGCCACCUUUGGAUCUCGACACGCCGGUCUUCUUGAGCGCCCUCGAGGCUUGCGCGAAUGUGGGCGAUCUCGAUCGAGGAGUUUUGAUUCACGAGAAAAUCCUUGAAUCGUCUGUAAAGGUUGACGCUCUCGUGAGCAACAGCUUGAUAAACAUGUAUGCCAAGUGUGGCAGCCUUGCAAAAGCUUUGGAAACUUUCGAAAAGCUCUCGAGUCCGGGUGUGAUUGCCUGGAACACAAUGAUCUCGGCGUAUGCCCAGGCUGGAGAUAGCAACGCCGCAAUCGAGCUAUUCCACCGAAUGGAUCUCGAGGGCAUCAAGCCCGACGGCGUCACCUUUAUGGUUUUGCUCGAGGCAUUGGGAUCGAUCGGAUCACUGCAAGAUGGAAAGUUCAUCCACACGCGUGCUGCAUCGCUUGGAUUUGACGAACAAGACACUUCUCUCUGCAACGCUCUCUUGAACCUUUACACCAAAUGUGGGAGCAUGCAAGACGCUAUCGCCCUCUUUCACAAAAUGCCCACUCCAAACCAGAUCUCCUGGACUUGCACCAUUGCAGGGUAUGCUCAACAGGGGCAUAGCACCGAAGCCCUCGAGCUCUACCAAAAGAUGGACUUGGAAGGCACCAAGCCCAACCAGGUAACACUUUUGGGAGUGCUCACGGCGUGCACACACGCCGGCCUGGUCGAGGAUGGUAUAUACUACUACAAUUCCAUGGUAUCCGACCAUAACAUCCAGCCCAAGGAAGAACACUACGGUAGCCUCAUUGACAUGCUCGCUAAAGCAGGAUGGCUGCAAGAAGCCGAGGCCCUGAUCGAAACCCUGCCCUUUCACCCGUUCGCCGUGGCAUGGACAUCCCUCCUUGGGGCAUCUUGCAACCACAAGGACGUUGAUCGCGCCGAGCGAGUAGCAGCCAAAGCAAUCGAUCGAGAACCCGGCAAUGCUGGUCCAUACAUUUGCCUGUCAAACAUGUACGCGACGCUGGACCGACGGGACGACGUCGCCCGCGUGAAGAAACUGAUCGCCUCGCUCAAAGGUGGCGGACAAUAA